GUUGCAGAAAUGAGCACAAUUGUGGACGGCUGUGUUGCAUCUAGGUCUGAAGUGGAAACAGCAGACGACAACACAAAUAGUCCAAACGAAAAGGUAUAAAGGCGUGGAUAACGUUACGAUGCAUGUUACAGGAAAGAGAAAGCUUGACAUUAUUCUAUCCCUCCCCAUCUGUCUAGACGACCAGCUGAUAUCAACAACAUAGAAAUAGAACAACUAGCGAAGGAGUAAUUCAACGCUAGCUAUCCGGUUUUUGAAUCGAAUCUGACCCAGCUUGCCUCCUUCAUGGAGCAGCUGGCCCAGGGGGUGAUGGAGAAGCUGUGCCAGCUCUUCCAGGAGUGCUCCGCUGUGCUGCGUCUGGAGGCGUCCCAGAGCGAGAUGGAGAAGGACGAUCUGAGAGCGCGGCUGGAUGCCAUGGAGACGGAGCUGCGGACCCUUCUGGAAGGCAGCGGCGGGAGGGAGGGCACUUCGGAAAACGGUCACCGUGGCGACGAAGCCAAGAUCAGUCACAGGACACAGACAGUCCGUAUCGCAGAUGAUUCGGAAGUGAAACGAUCCCCCAUCAUCCACCUGUGGAAAGGACGAGCUUAUGAGCGCUCCUCUGGUGAGGACAAGAUUCAGCGGGUCAUCAUCACAGAGGAAGGCCUGGAGGCCUACCUCGACCACGCCACCCCCGACGACAGCCUGUUCCCCGAACCCCGGGACCAGGACGACGGUGACCCAGACUACCAGGUGAAGGAGCCAGGGGGCCUCGAGGCCUCAGCCAGGCCCAGGAGAUUCUCCCGCCCCCGGGCCGGCGGCGCCCGGCGAGGCCGCCCCCGGAAGGAGAACCAGCCCCAGCUGAGCUGCAAACACUGCAGGAAGCCCUUCAGCAAGCUCCUUCAGCUCAAGGCCCACCAGGCGCUCCACGGAGCCUCGGACAAGCCCUUCCUGUGUCCGCAAUGUGGGAGGGGCUUCUCCUUCAAGCGCAGCCUGGACUCUCACCUGCUGCUGCACACGGGCGAGCGCCCGCACACCUGCGACGUCUGCGGGAAGGGUUUCACCCUCAAGCAGCUGCUGAGGAACCAUCAGAGGCUCCACGCAGGGCUGCGGCCCUUUCGCUGCGACCAGUGCGGCAAGAGCUUCAACCGCGCCCACGGCCUCAAGAUGCACCAGAUCGUGCACACGGGCGAGCGCGCCUACGACUGCGAGAUCUGCGGCAAGCGUUUCAGCAUCCCCGGCAACCUGCACAGGCACAAGCGCAUCCACACCGGCGAGAAGCCUUUCGGCUGCGCCACGUGCGGGAAGAGCUUCAACCAGGCGGACACGCUAAAAGCCCACCAGCGCAUCCACACGGGGGAACGGCCUUUCAGCUGCCAGACCUGCGGGAAGAGCUUCAUCCAGCGCAGCGCCCUGAAGAUGCACCAGCGCUCGCACUCGGGCGAGAAGCCCUUCACCUGCGUGGCGUGCGGCACCGGCCUCGCCUGCGUCAACUCCCUCCGGACUCACCUCCAGUCUCACGCGGCGGAGAUGCCCUGCACGUGCUCGGUGUGCGGCGGGACGCUGACCUCGCUGGCCCACCUGCGCUCCCACCAGGAGCAGCACACGGUGGAGAAGCCCCACACCUGCAGCCUCUGCGGGAAGGCAUUCAAGUCCUCCAGCUACCUGAAGACUCACCUGAAGACUCACACGGGGGAGCGGCCCUUCACCUGCGAGACCUGCGGCCGCAUGUUCACGCAGCAGAGCAGCCUGAAGACGCACCAGGCCGUCCACACCGGGGAGAAGCCCUUCAGCUGCGACACGUGCGGGAAGCGUUUCAGCAACACGGGGAACCUGAACCGCCACCAGCGCAUCCACACGGGAGAGAAGCCGUUCAGCUGCGAACAGUGCGGGCGCAGCUUCAACCAGGGGAACAGCCUAAAGGCUCACCUCCAGAUCCACACCGGGGAGAAGCUGUUCAUGUGCGACAAGUGCGGCAAGAGUUUCUCUUACUUGAGGAACCUGAAGGAUCACAAGUGUCUUUACGUCUGAAAAGAUAACUGAAGCGGGUGGGGGGGGGGGGGGAGACGUUGAGUUUGGCUUGUUUGUCUGGAAUGGACGCAGGCGUUUAUCUGAGUUGUGUCUGUAGACGUCAUGUCUGUAGGGAGGAUGAGGACCAUUUGGUGUCUUGAUCUUUUGAGGGGUUUGUUUGUUUCGUUGCGGUGGGACUGGGUUUCCUAACUGACAGAAGCUGCGGUGUACAGGGGUUUGGUCAUCAAGAUGUUCUCAUGACAAGCCUUUAGACAUGCUCCUGUUACACACACAGCUAACGUAGCUACUGCGAAGAUCUAACUCCCACAGUCUUUUUGAAGGGUAAAAAACUAACAAACACUGUCCUUGAAAUCAAAGAUUUUCAACAUGUUGCGUUUUGUAGAGUAGAAGGACAUUGGUGCUGGUAGAUAUAUACUGUUACGGUGAGCAGAGCCUAACUUAUUGAUUGAAGGUUACAAAUCUAACCAGUGUUGUUUGUGUACUGCGUGCUUGUGAAGGGUUGCUAUUGAUGAUAAAACCAGU